AUGGCUUACCCCCGCCUCGGGCUCCCCAGCUUGCUACUUGCCGUCACGAUGCUAUUCGCAACCUUCUCGUGCGGUCAUGCGCAGAGUGCACCGCCGUCGGCAGCGGCAAGUCGGGACACCGCAGCUAGUCGAAUGUCCAAGCGAGCCGAGGCCGUGGGAUCAUCUUGCUCUCCAGAGGGUCAAUGGAACUGCAUGACCAGGUCCUUUCAGCGCUGCGCAAGUGGACAGUGGAGCGCGGUGAUGAACUGCGCCUCGGGGACGAUAUGCACUCCCUCGGGACACACGGUCGAGUUCAGGGUCCAGCGCGAUGGGGGCGCCGACGGUUCUUGGGGCGCAAGCGGCUCCGGGGGCGGCUUUACGACGAGCUCGGCGGGCCGCAAAGGAGUGGAUGGAAGCUUGGCCAUUGGGCUUCUCGCCUUGGCGUCAUGGCGGACCCUUGCUGGUUGA